CGAUCGCGCGAAGACACCGCCGCGUCGCUCCGCGUUCGCGCCCCGACAUCGGCAUUACAUAAAUAUUCCAUUUUUUAUUCCAAACCGUAUAUCAAACGUGUAUUUCCUUGUAAAAGUGGAGCGUAUAGCUCAUAGUCAAUUUUUAAAAGUGAUUGGGUGCGUUCAAGAUUAAUCGGUUGAGUGAUUUCGGUUUGCGUUGGGAGCCGAGCGGGAAUGUGAGCCGCUGUGAUUGGUCGACGAUGGAAACCAUGGUGAACGUGUGGGCGGUGGUGGAGCAUGUGAGGGUGGCCAGUGGAGCGGCGGAGCUGGCCAUCUUCACCGCCAUACUCUACUGGUUCUUUACUUCAAGCCGCGUGGCCGACAUGCUGGAGGUGGUCGGCGAGAGAGUUGGUGGGUGGUGCGGCCGCGACUCCAACUCGCUGCGGCAGGCGGUGCGCGCGCGCCGUCGGCACCACAACGACAUCUACACCAAACUUGAUCAGGAGCGGACGACGAGAGCAUCGUCCCUGUUUCGCGUAAAGGAAGGCCCAGUGGUCCCCGCGCCGCAGCCCGCCACUCGGCCUCCCGCCGGCCUCGCUUGUGCCCGCUGCGCUCCUGUGUCCAGGGAAUCAUGGCAGGACCCCAAAGCCGCAGACACCGGGGCUGUCAUCAACAUCCUCGACAUCGGUCAACAGAAUUUUGCAAAUGGCGGCGUCGUGUCGCGCUGUCUCUGCGAUUUAGCACAAUGCUGUAAUCUCAGCAAUUAUGACUACAAAGAUAUGGUUCCUGAGGUAUUAAAAGACGAGAGCUUCCAACAAGCCCUCGAAAAAUCAGCACUAAAUGAAGCUGAGAAAAAAGGUGCGGGCGAUUCCGUCACUCCAGAGCUCAGGCGAAGAGUGGAGGCCAGGGCGAGGAAGGUGCUCAUGGAUAUCAGCUCUGCCAUGUCUAACAGGGUUCUCAAAUUAGUAGCCUGGCUCUGUCACAAGGCCGUCCGUCGGAUCGCCUGUGGCGGGUGCGGCACGCGGGCGGCGUGCGUCGAGCGUCUCCGCCGCGCUAAAUCCGCCGGGUUACCGCUCAUCUUCGUACCUCUGCACAGGUCUCACCUCGACUACAUCCUGGUGACGUUCACAUUGUACCUGACCGGUCUCCGGCCGCCGCUGGUCGCCGCCGGGGACAACAUGAGGAUACCGUUCUUUGGUUGGUUCCUCCGAGGUUGUGGCGCUUUCUACAUCAGACGCAGGGUCGACGGGUCCGAGUACCACGAAGACCCACUAUACAAGACUGCACUAAGAUCUUACAUUUUGAAUAGUUUAGCGGCUAAGAAUAAUCUAGAAUUCUUCAUCGAGGGAGGACGAACUAGGACUGGAAAACCGCAACCACCAAAAGCGGGCAUUCUAUCAGUCAUAAUGGACGCAUACCUCGACGGCACCAUCGACGACGCCCUCCUAGUUCCAGUGACGCUGAACUACGACCGUCUGGUGGACGGUAACUUCGUGAGAGAGCAGCUCGGCAUGCCCAAACAGAUGGAGACCUUCUGGACGGCACUCAGGGGCAUCUGGAGGACGCUCAAUACGAACCACGGGAGCAUAAGAGUGGAUUUUAACCAGCCUCUGUCGCUUAAGGAGCUAGCAACGUCAUUCCAAAACUACAACUACCUGAAAGCCCCCAUCGAGCGGACCCUGACCCCGCCCAACAACAACUUGGCCGUCAACUUGGACCGCCAGAUCCUUUACAACCAUAGCCACAGCAGCAUGUACGGGGCGGAUGUGAGCGUCGACCAUAAGAUGAUGGUGGAGGCCAUAGGACGGCACCUUGUCUAUGACGCGGCACAAGCAACAGCCUUCAUGUGCACAAACGUGGUCUCUUACGUGCUUCUGACGGAACACAGACGGGGCUGCACGGUCAAGCAACUGAGCCACGCGGUCGCCAUGAGAGGAGCGGCCUUGAGGAGGGACGGACGAGAUUUAGGGUAUACGGGGGAAGCACCCACGCUACUGAAACAUGCGUUGGAUAUGUUGGGCCGCAGCCUGGUCAGACGGGAGGGUUCAGGGGAAAAGCAGCGCGUGCGUCCGCAGAGGUCGAUAGCCGCCUCACUGGAGCUGGCGUACUAUAGCAACACCGUGGCGGCGCAUUACGCCGUGCCAGCCAUCGUCGCAACGGCACUAGAAAGCAUAAUCAGACAGCCAAACGCGGACCAGGAGAUCAUAAGGCAUACAGAGCUAAUGGAAGCAUCGCUUCAGCUCUGCGAGAUUCUCAGCCAAGAGUUCAUUCUCUGCGCGCCGUGCCACCGGAUAGAGGAAACUAUGAUGAGGGCGUUAGAGUCGCUUAUAGCCAGCGAGGUUAUCACUCCAGUAGAGAGCAACAACGGAUUAGAGGAGCAGCAGUGGUCGCGGCGGUUCGCGCGGACCCUGGACGAUGAAGACAACGACGAUGAUGAUAGGCCAGAUCCCGCGCUCAGGAUCAAAUACCGCGUGUCACAGCGGCCAGAGGCGCUCUUAGAACGCGGGCGGCUGCUGCGCACGCUGCGGCCGCUGCUGGAGGGCUACGCGGCCGCGUGCCGGGGGCUGCGCGCCGCCACGCAGAAGGAGCUUAUCAAGACCACGCUCGACUCGCUCACCGAGGACUACACGCAGAACAAGAUGCUAUACGGCGAGGCGAUAUCCACGGACGCCAUCCGCAACUGCUGGCGCCUCCUGAAGCAGUGGGGCGUCAUCGAACUCUACACGCACGACAAGGUGCGCAUGCUACGCCCCGUGCCGCCGUACGACGCCCAAUCGCGUCGCGACGCCGUGUGCGAACACUUGUACAAGUUCAACGUGCAGAGCCCCCUGCUGUGAUAGUGACAGUGAUAGUAAGGUAACAUGUGUCUGGAAUCUAGAAAACCUACGUUGGUUACUGGGCAAA